CAAUGGACGACGUGCGGUUUGUGUUUUGUUGAUUUUCAUCAUAUUCUGUCGAAAUUUGGGGACAAAAUGAAUUGGAUAUCGUAAAUGCACACUGUUUCUAUAUUUAUCAGCUCACGUAGACAUGCAUGCUACAUGCAGUGCAGCAACAGGGCGCGUAUGUACGCGUUGGCAAGGUUUUCUGGCUCACACGCGUGCCCUUGCGACCCGACCAGUUACGACCUCGGAUACCAAUGUACCUGAGCCGGUGGAUUUCAAGCCGAAGCGGGCACUCGUCCUCACUAAAAUGACAAGAUAUGAAUUUGAUAAGAAAAAGUCUGGUACAAAUACAGAAAAGGCUUUUAAGAAAUACCUGAAAGAAAAGGGUUCUGAUUAUGAAGGUGUUUUAGAGCGACAUAAUAUUCACCAUGCAAAGUUAGACGAUAUACAGGAAACAUUAAGGCAGAGGAACAUAGAAACUAGACUCGUUGGAAGAAUGGAAUAUUCAGAAGAUGCCAUUGAUUGGGCAGAUGUUGUUUUCUCAGCAGGUGGAGAUGGUACAUAUCUUCUUGCUGCAAGUAAAGUGAAGUCUAGGGACAAGCCUACUAUAGGAUUGAAUACAGAUCCAAUAAGAUCUGAAGGUUAUUUAUGCUUGCCUACAAAGUACUCAGGUGAAAGCGGCUCACAUAUAAUCCCAGCACUUGACAGGCUUUUAGCUGGAAGAUUUACAUGGGCCUUUAGACAAAGAAUAAGAGUCACUAUGACAGGCAAAUAUGCCUGCGACCAUCCAAUAGAACUUCACCUCCAGGAGCUAGAACCUCCUCGCUCAGAGCUAGAGGACAGGUUUUCUGAACAUGUGAAAGAACACGAGACAUACCACAAUUUGGCAGAGAAUUCCAAAGAACUGCCACCUAGGUCACUGCCUGUGCUGGCUCUGAAUGAGGUCUUUAUGGGGGAAUGUUUAUCUGCAAGGGUCUCUUAUUAUGAAAUAUCUCAGGAUGAUUCUCAUAGUUUAAAGCAAAAGAGUUCAGGGGUUACCGUGUGCACAGGCACUGGCUCAAGUUCCUGGGUGUUUAACAUAAACCAUAUUUCUACACAAACUGUCAAGGAAAUCCUAAAGAUUUCUGGUUCACUUUCCAAUAUGAACAUACCCUGUGAAGACCAGCUAGCCUCCCGAGUGGCAGCUCAAUUCAACAACUCCUUAAUAUUUGACCCCAAUGACCUUAGAAUGGCCUAUGUGAUUAGAGACCCCAUUGUCAAUGGAGUAUUUCAUGUUCCAGUGCCCCGAGGAUUUGCUAAAAAGGUUACAGUUCGGUCUAGAAUGUGGGAUGGUUGCCUUGCAAUUGAUGGAGGUGUCACAUUCAGCUUCAAUGAUGGUGCUAUUGCUAGUAUGGAAAUGUUUGAAGAAGAUGCCUUGAGAACUGUAUCUUUGAUGAAAGAUACUCGGAACUAAGUGUCCACCUUGAUUGUGAUGAUGCUGUCCAUUAGAAGGAGCAUUAUACUGUUUUCUAACCUGGGUAAUAUCCUUAUUCCAUGACAUGUGAGGGAUGUUUUGUGAAGGUAUAUAGGAUUGCUUAGAGUCCAUUUUCUAUCUCUGUUACAUUGCCUGUUGUAAUAUAUACAAGACAAUGUCAAAGAAAUGAACUUACAGUACUGAGAGCUUUCAACUGGAUGUGUUUAUUUAUAUGAAAGAUAUCUUAGUAAACUGAGUAAUAUUUUAGAUAUUUUGUCACUAGAAAUGGGAAAUGUUAAAACUUUAUUUCUCUCACCAGUGUUUCAGAGCAGGUUCAAAAUUUGGUGGUUGCCUAUGUGUACUUACUUGUAAAACCAUUGGCCUGAAUGAUAUGGUUUUGUUGAUGUAAAAUGUAUUGCUUUCUGCAUGUAGAUUAUAGUUUUUAAGUCAUUUGUCAGAUGCCCCUUCUAUCUUGCACUAGAUAGUGUAAAUUUACUUGUCAAAUCGGAGUUCAAAUUCUAGUAAAGUAAAGCCAUCAUGGAGUAUUAAGGUCAGAAAACAACUCAUAUUUAGUAAUUCUUUUUUCCUUGGGUUUUAAGCAAAUGAUCGUGAUCAGCCAUUAAGUGUUUUUUUUUUUUUUUACCUUAUGAAACGUCACGUAGUUAGCAGGAAUGAAUGUAGAAACUAACUUGCCUUUGAAAUCUGAUUUAUUCUUGAAAACCUACCUUAAAUGAUAUAAAGUUCACAAAGCUGGAUUGCAAUAUUGACCUAGUCACUUGAUAAUGCACUAAAACAGAUAUAUGCCUUGAUAUGAUUUGAAAAUUAUUUAUGAUGGAUUAACAUGGCACCAUGAAGGUCAUGUUUACAUUAACUCAGUUGAUGUCAAACCACUGUGUUGGACAUGACACACGACUAACUAAAUAAUGGCAGGCAGAAGAACAGAGGGAUAAGAUGAGCUUAAAAGCAAUAACCAUAUGGUCUGCUUAAAUUUAAAGCCUUCUUAAAUAGAGCACUCUUUCUGUAGCAGUAUGUAUAGUGUAUAGCUCUGUUACAGGGGGUGUCACUGUUUUUCCUAUGUUAGCUUUCUAUUGUUUGGCUAGAAGUUCUAGCUGAAGCAUACACUUCUUAACAAAAAGAUAUAGCAGACAAUGAGCAAAGCAUCAGUGAGUGGAAACUAGCUAAUGGUUAAGUGCCGCAGGAGCUCAGCCUAUUCACAAGGCUCUCUUACAAAACAGCUGGGUUGUUAAAGCCCUUCCAUCAUCAAGCGAUACAAACCUGAGCUGUUGGUCAUUAAAAAAAAAAACCUAAUGUGGAGUGGUAAGACAGAGCGCUCCAUGUGAAAAGGCCUAUAAUGGUAGUGAAAAUAUGUAAGAAGUUCACAUAUCGUGACUUGACUAGAUAAGCACCUUUGGUUAGAUUAAUGAUUUUCACAAAGUACUUAUUGAUUUAUCAUGGAGAUCAUCUGAGAUAGUCCAAAAAAUAGCGACCUAGCUUAGAGUUAAGCCAGAUUUUACAGGAUUUGGAAGAUAGUUACGUGGGAUCAAAUGAUGGCAGACUAGCAAGUGCAGUGUGACAGUGAAUAAAAGCUGGCAGUAUAUAUUCACUGACAUUUUUUUUUUGUUUUCUCUUCUUAAGUUCUGUUAUGUUUAAGCCAGUUGCACAACAGUACAAAGUCACCGUUUUGUAUGUCACUUUCAUAUUGCUUUCUAAGGCUCUAUUCCCAUAGAUUUUAGAUCGAUCUAUCCCCGCGGGGAGUCUCACUAGAUUACUUUCAGA